GAGCGUUAUUUAUUUUAUCCGGCAGUAUUCAGACAAGCCCCGCCUCCCACGGCAGGAUUGGCUAGUGUGAGCUCCUCACCGCCACCGCCGGCCUGUGAUUGGACAGUUUAGAAGUCAAUCACAUAGCACAUAACUCCAUCACAGGCUCUGCUCCAUCAGACAGCGAUCAGGUCGAGGGCGGGACUUGUCGGAAGACUGGUGUGAAGAAAAAAAUAACUCUUGCCGGACCCUUGAUUACUCAUUCCGUCCAGGUACAGCGGAAGUCAACCGACCUGCGGUGCUCCGCUCCCGCUACUCUUGUUUGCGUGCGCCAGAUUCAUUUCGGGCAGCCCUAUCGUGCCUCUUGCAGCAGCCGCGUCCGUGCCUCAUAGGGAAUUAGAGAGCUGUGGGGAUGCGUAUUAAAUGAGCGCUCUUGUGCUUCAGUGCAGUCGCGCGGGGAAGUGAUGCAUUGAGGACGGGCUGCUCUGCGGGCGUUUUAUCUUCCGAGCUCCGUUACACCCACCGCGAACGGCGAAGCACCUCAAUGGCUACUCUUUUGCGAAAAAUCGGGCUCAUUCGCCUGCACGACCGAGACACGGAGGACCCGAAGCAUCACCACCAGGGCUCAUUGAAAGGGACUAAAGGCAACCAGAAAAACAACAACACGAAGCACUGCAACACCAGCAACGAGACCAACAACAUCCUCAGCACGCCAGAAGUCAAAGCCAGGCGCUUCGACGUGUCCGGCAAGGACAAGCCCGCCGUCAAACCGGACGCGAAAGAGAAGCAGCAAACGGGAGGCGGCAAAGCGACGAGCGGCUCCGUGAUGCCCCCGCCGGCGGCGAACCGGCAGCACUGCACCCAGGUGCGGACGCGGAGGCUGAUGAAGGAGCUGCAGGAGAUCCGGCGGCUCGGCGACAGCUUCAUCACGGUGGAGCUGGCGGACGAUAGCCUCUUUGACUGGAAUGUCAAGCUGCACCAGGUGGACAAGGACUCCGCGCUGUGGCAGGACAUGAAGGAGACCAACACCGAGUACAUACUGCUGAAUGUCACCUUCCCCGACAAUUUCCCCUUCUCCCCGCCGUUCAUGCGCGUCCUGACGCCGCGGCUGGAGAACGGAUACGUGCUGGACGGCGGCGCGAUCUGCAUGGAGUUAUUAACGCCCCGCGGCUGGUCGAGCGCGUACACCGUCGAGGCCGUGAUGAGGCAGUUCGCUGCCAGUCUGGUGAAAGGACAGGGUCGUAUCUGCAGGAAAGCAGGCAAGUCUAAGAAGACCUUUAGUCGCAAGGAAGCCGAGGCGACCUUCAAGAGCCUUGUCAAGACCCACGAGAAGUACGGUUGGGUGUCCCCUCCCGUGUCCGACGGCUGAUGUCAGCAUCUUCAACCGCGAUCCCGACAUGGCUUUUUUCAGUUGGGUUUUCUUCUUUUUCAUCAUCAAACUUAACUACGAAAAAAACAAGCUAGCGCAUCAUAUCUUACACAUAAACGUGGCACAUUCACCUUCACUCCGUCCUUCACUCUUCUUCAUCGAGGUGCCAUGGACCGAACACUCGCUGCGACAUCACAAUUACUCAUAAGUGGGCGUCACUGCGGCUACAUACAGCUAUGGACUCUGGAUACGAUUGAGGCUCCAAGCAAAAUUAAAUGUGCAUCAUCUCCACUCUAUAUCCUUGUCUAUCUGUCUGUUGCCUCAGUUUUUUCCUCCAUCCAUCCCUCUUUCCUUUUAUAGCUGACAAUGCAUUGCACUGAACAGCAUCAGACUUGCCCCCAUUUACAUGCAAAUGACUUAAUAGAUAAGCAGAUCAUUACACUACAUUUGAGGUUCAGUUUCUCUGGUUUCCUCCUCAUUGGCUGUGCUGUUUUUCACGGUUGGAUGCAACAUGAUGACUGUAAUUUAUGUAGAGCUGUGCUCUUUCUAUUCCUCCAUUCGCGUGGCAAAAUGUAGACAUCACUGUGUUGCGUAGAUGAUUUCCAAUGGAGAAAAAAUACUCUAGGGCUUUGUUCAGACAGGCAGCGAAUAUCUGAUUCUUUUUUUUGGCAACAUCCGACUCAAAUUCAAUUGUUUCUUGAAGUCUGAACAGACAAAAAAACACAUUGUGUUCAUGUCCAUAUGCGGUUUGGAAUCCAAAAUAUUAAGAUCUGAAUCAAUCGUUUUAGCUAAUUUUUCCUCAACUGUUUGAUUCUCACUGUGUCGGAUAGUGGACAAGUGCACGAGUCAGCAUGAAUGCACAAAGAUGCCUCUUGUGAGUCCAGCACCGCCACGAGAUGCCAUGACAGACAGUGAGCAGAGGCAAAAUUCCCAGUUUUCCGUCCUCUCUUCCCACACUGACAGCUAUAGGAGAAAGUCUGGCAUCGGAUAUCGACUACACAGUCUGAACAAACACACCAGCACUUACAAAACGGAUUGAUAUGCAGUGUGAACAAAGCCUUCAUUGCUUAUGCAGAGGUCUAAGAUAAAAAAAAAUGUGAACCACCUCUGUUGGUCAUUCUAUUAUUUGUUUUUGGAGAAGACCAAAAGCUCAUAAUUCUGAUGAUUUAGAUACCAGAUGGCAUUAACGAAUGUCAACAUCCCAAUGGGAUCUUAGUAUUGGCGAUAGAGAGGCAUGUGACAGACAUGGUGAUGUUUGCACACGAAAUGUUGAGCGUUUGUCCCCAUGGAGCACUGAGCGACGGGACAACGCCGAUUGCGCAGACCUGAACCCUUGUUAGCACCGACGUAAGGAUAGUACCUUAACUUGGCACCUUCACAUGCCGACGCCCCAAACACAAUCAAACAUUAAUUGUGCUGAUUCACUUGUACCAUUUUGGCUCAUAAAUCGAUACGCUCGUGGUUGUGGGCCUGAUUCCUCCACCUUGCACUGACUCUGCAUCAUUGUGCUGUGUACUUGAUCAAUACUAGACUAGAACAACAGGACAAAAUGGCCAACGGCCCAGGAAAUAAGAUCUCAAGACUGUAAACGUUGCUCUCGAAUUGCAUAAAUCGAAGGUCAAGCUCUGUUACGGACUCUGGUAGCUGGUGCCGCCACUGUUGACGAGAGCCAGAUGAAGAAGUACAGAGGUGGGGAGAGAGAAAGAGACGCUGAGGGGUCGACUCCUUUGUUCUGAAACCUUGAGGAAUGAGGGCGUCUCGUUUAGUUGCCUGAUUGAUGCUCCGAGAGAGCCGCAGCUCGAUGCCUUGAUGUUUAUUGACUUCUCCUUCAAAUGUCAGUGUGAAUCCAGAAUGCCUCAGACUGCAUCUUGUGAGCGAUGAGAUGUAGAAGAGCUGUUUAUUUUAGAUAGCGCUCUCCACACAGUGUGUGAAAUACAAAUGACAUGAUAGCCGAAAAGGCGAAAUCAUGGGUUUUGUUGACACAUUGGGCGUUUUAAAGGAAUAAUCAAAAUUCUGUCAUUUUCUUACAUGUAUGGCGCUAUAUCUUUGGUGAAACACAAAUAGAAAACGCUGAGGUGUGUUCUAGAUGCUGUUUUCCAUAAUAUUGUUGAUCUUAAAAAUAGUCUUUCGAAGACAUACAACAAGGAAAGACCAAAAAUUAAGAAAAGAAGUAAAAAAAGAUUUAAUUAAGUGGAUUCAAAUAGGGUGCAUUUAAACUCCACGAGUCAUAUUUGAUGUCUGUGGCAUUUUGAUGUCCUUGACAUGAUCAAACCUUGUUGAUUUUGAAGUAUGACUAUGGGGAAAUGUAAAUAAGAGCUACGGUGAAGGGGAAGAUAAUACAAGAUCCCACCUUUUUAUGGGAUUUUGUUGGCCGCUCGAUGUUAUCAUCAGAAGUGUAAAAUAUUGUGCAUGUGACACUUGAUCAACAUUAUGAUACUUUUAUGGUGCAUUUUUUGUCAUUUUGGAGCUGGACAGAAUCAGUCUCUAUCAGCUUUGAUUAUAUGGAAAAGAGCAGCAAUUACAUUCUUCAGAAUACCUCCUUUUUUGUUUUAUAGAAAAA